UUUAACAAUAUGAAGUCAAGACUUUUGGACUAUGGCUUCCUGAUAAUCGAUAGCAUUUUAAAUGUGAGUGGUGGCUAGCUUUAAAUUACAGUACCUUUAAUAAAAAGUGGCCAACUUGAGAUAUAUUUAACCUAGAUAAUGGAUGAAAUGAUAGUUACUCAGAAUUACGGAGUGUACAUUUUACUGGCUCUGGUAAUAGUUUCAGGAACAACAGGUCAGCUGUUUGAAGACCCUGAAAAUCCAACCGUGUAUUGCUUCCAAUGUAACUCUGGGAUUGACAUUGACUGUAUAGAACUCCAACCUCUCGAUUCUACCAAUUUCCAUUACAAACCUUGUUUGGAUACUGACAAAUACAAUGGAAGCAUACCAUUUUGUAGGAAAAUUGUCCAGAAAAUAUUUCCUCGAGAUAACUUGGAGAGAGUAAUCCGGAGAUGUGGGUGGGUGAGACACCCUCGCCUUGACUGCUAUAAUGUGAGGAACGAGGACCACAUUGAGACUAUCUGUCAGUGCUUUGAGAAUGGCUGCAACACCUCAUCUGUCCUGCAACACUCAAUGGGAUUGAUCACAUUCGUGUUAAUUGCUCAGACCUUGUUUAGAACCAGGUUUUAUGAGUAAUUUGCUCAAACUACUAGAUUUAAGAACACUUAUAGCCACUUAUUUUUUUGUGGGACUUUAUAGAAAUCUAUGUUUGCAAAGGACAUUAACUUAGGUAUGGAUUCCUUUUGGCAGUAGUCUUCAUUGAAAAUUCAUUUUAUUAAUCUUUAAUGUUUAAUUUAAAACUCAAAUUAAAAAAAAAAGAUAAAGUAAAGAAUAUAUUUGGAAGUGCCUGUACCUGCAUCUAUAUGUUUUAAGAAGUUAUACUUUCAGUCUAGGUCAGAGAUAAGAAACCUUCAACUGUGCCUGUGACUGAAAGACAUUUUAUCAGCACUGUCCUGUAACUGUGCUGCCCUUAUUCUGUUUGAAUAGGCAAAGAUUUAAGUAAUGAGGAUGGAUAGAAUGAUGUUGAAAGAGAGCAGUUUCUCUUUCGCAAGUAAAGGCAAUACGAAAGGGAAAUAAACAUAUAAAGUUUAACAUACAGUAUACAGACUAGAAACUAAUAAAGGUCUAGAAUGUGUCUUGUUUUUUCUAAAGUAUUUUAUGGAUAAUGUGCUGAACUUAAUCCAAAUAAUGUCUAUGCAAUUUAAAAAUGCCCAAACUGGAAUAAUAAAUGUACAAAAUAAUGUACAAAAUAUUAGAUCUGUAUGACUAAUAGUCUAUUGUAAUGAUAUGUUGUACAUUAUAAGAAAAAAAGGCAAGGAAACGGAUCAAAAUAAAUAGUGGAAGAUAGAAAGAAUGCUAGUACUGGUGGAUUGGUGGAAAGACUUCGCAGCUAUAAAUGUCAUAUAAUUAAGUUCAUAUAGAUGCCUAAAAGAUCUCUUUUACUGAUUCCUAUAAAGAGACUUUAACACUGAAAUAACCUAACGUUAAGACGCCCAGGUUAAGUGUUAGAGAGGGCUUCUUAGCCCUAACUUCGCCUGGUAAAAUAAGACAUUCUUUACUUUACUUUCUUUUUUUUCUAACGUAAUAAGUUGCUAUAAGUAACUUAAUAACAAAAAGUUCCUAAAUUGUUUAGGAAGCUCAGGUUUUUGGAUCACCAGAUCCUAACCAAAGUGUCAUGAAUGGUGGGAAAGCACAAUUCCCACACAUUACCAAACACACUUUCCUCAACAUUAUACUUUCAAAAUAGAAUCAACCUCAUCCAUUUUAUAUUUAGCAGCAUUCAAACUACUCAACACAGACCCUCAAUUUACCACCUGAAAAUCAGUGACAUAGUGGUGUUAGCACUGGGGAGGGGGUUGGGGUCAAUCUUUGUUAUCAUAUGUCAUCCAAUAAGUUCAGUGCAGUGUACCACAGACACAGAACUACACUCUCUCAUUCAUGCACUACACACCAUUUUCAUCCAGCCAGACAUAGAUUCAUGUACUCAUGUUGCAAACCGGUUGGUUCAAAUAAGAACUAUUGGAAUGUACUUCUGACUCAGGACUUAAAAGAGAAACAAAUUUCUGUUGAUAAAGUAAUAUUCUGUCUCUCCGCUAACAUCAAAGCUGUCUAUCAAACUGUAGAGUGUCCUGGCUCAUCACUGUUUCUCCCACAAAGUACUUCACUUGGUAGAACAAUAUGCACAUCAGAGCUGAAGGAACUGCACAAGAUUAGGGUUAUACUAUAUAUCCAUCACAAGAGUUAGGGUUGGGUGAAGUCAGAGAUUAUUAUAAGCAUAUCUUUCCUCUCCUAUUUCUCCUUUUUUUCUUGUCUGCUUCCAUUUAUGAUUGGCAAUGUUGAAAACAUCAAAAGCAACUGCAUUUCACACCCAAGAAAUUUACUUCUCAGUCCAGGUGGGACAAGACACUAUUAAACAACUAGUGUAAUGGCUUAUACAAGCGUUGGAAUCUUCCAACCAUUACAUCAAGGACAAUGAAGCAAGAGAAGUGGUGUGUUCAUACGUGUCUACCCUCAUACACAUUGGUGAGGUUAUUCUUGGACAGCAAAAACCAUCAUCAAAAAAAUGCACACACAGAACGAUCUCAAAUCCUUUAUAAUUCUCUGACCUUCGCAAUGUUGAAAAUGAGUGAGGGCAUUUCUAGUCCAAGCAACUGACUUCUCAGCACAGUAGAAACACAACACUGGUGUGAAGACUUACACAAGCUUCUCAUCUGCUAAGCUACAAACAGUGAGCAAGAAAGGUGCAUAUUCUGGUGCACCAUCAUGUCAGUAGAGAUAUUCAUGAACAGCAACAACUGUCAUAAAUUACAAGCACAACAAAGCCAUCUUAAAUUUCUGUUUAAUUCUUCACCAUUUAACUAUACAUAAUUAUAUUUUACUGCAACCGCUUAGAGUUUUAUUACUUUAAAAAUUAAAGGCAUAUGUUUAAAUAGUACAUUAUGUUUAUCCUAACUUAGUAGUUAUGAUAGCUGUAUGAUUAGUUUAUGAUAUAUUAUCAUGAAAUGAUAUUGUUGUUAUUUUUAAGUAACAUAAUGUAGAACCAGUUGUUUAAUUGUAAAAAUAAUAUCUUUAUUAUGUAUAUUUUAUUUAUUUAUUUACUAUUUAAGGUUGGUUUUUGAAAAGAUCGCCUUAUGUUUAAAAAUGCUGUUGUAUUUAUUUCUACCCAUUAUUACCGAAGGAGAAUGUAAUACAGAUUUUUUAUAAGA